UCUGUUUUUCUCGCGAGAAUCGCUAGUGUAUUAUCGGCAACUUAUAUUACUUUAUGGUUGUCUUGCUUUCUACUUUCACGAUUCAUGGACUGGGCAGGUUUGGUUAGGUUAGAUUAUGUUAGGUUACGUUCGGUGUAAUUAGGAGCUGUCGGAAAACUGUCAUCGCGGUUCAUCUACCGUAUGACUCGCCUGGUUUACAGGUAAUAAUUCAGUAAUUCGAGGAAGGCCAUAUGUCGUUUCGUGUCGACUUAAAUUCGAGCAAUCGUAAUGUAAAGAAGGCGGAGACGAUCGACGCUCUCGAUAAAUUUGAUUGACUGGAGUCUAGUACCCUUUCUCUGGCGGGGGGCGUACAUUAACAAACACUACUUUCGAUUGCUGUAUCAAACAUUGAUAUUACGACUGAGGAAUAACGUAUCUAGUGUUCUUUCAGGUGUGGCAGCUAGUUAUCGGUGGCAGCGCCCGAUACUGCCUCGGAUAGGCUAUUCAAUUCAGAACGAGUUGAUUGGCAUGGUAUGAAUUAGCCAAUUCUUGAAUAAUUAACGAUACAGGCUUGACCGAGACAUUCCUCCAAUAUGGACUGGGACUCGAUAUCGAUUGGGAAUUUGGAGUUGACGGAGACGGAACACCGGUAUUAUGGAGACAUCUUUAUCUACUGUUGCGAGAAUGCCGAGUGCAAGACCGUUCCUGUUACUAAACUUGCCGAGCUCUUGCGCUCUGCUAAUCUACCCCGUGAUAUCAUAGCUAAGAUAUUGGAAAUCUGCACGGAUGCAAAGGGGAACAAGAUUCUCGGCAGAAAACAGUUUUACGCAGCUCUUAAACUCGUAGCGGCUCAUCAGGCAGGACUGGAGAUAUAUAAAGAUUCGGUGACAGCUGCGCUGGAUGUAAUAGCACUGCCAAGGUUUACAUGGCCUUCGUCGACCGAAGAAGAUGGGGGGAGGAAUCUUGACUCGACCAGAGGGGCAAUCGGUAGAUCUGGGCAUCGGGUGCCAGAAAGUACAACCGAAAGCGAAAGCGAAGCCGAGUCGCCAAGAGAGACAGGAGGGAGUACGGACUCGCCGACUCCGACGAACAGCGUGACACAGGAGAGAGGAGAAGGGACCCUGGCCGGGGAAACGAUUCUGGAUUCGGUAACCGGUGGUUGGCAAGGACUGUUGGUGUACGAAGAGCAAAGACAGCUGUUGGGUACCGAAGAGGAGAGUUCGGAGCGUCACAGCAGCGACGACGGCAACGAGAACGGGGAAGGUAACGGAGAGUCAUCAGGGUUUCCACCGGAGGAGGUGUGGAUAAUAAGCGAGGAGCAGAGGGAAUACUACGCGGCGCAGUUUGCCCAGCUGCAGCCAGACCCGGAGGGUCUGCUGGCAGGUCCAGUCGCGAGGAUGUUCUUCGAGAAAUCGCGUCUCCCGGUGGCGGAGCUACGUCACAUCUGGCAGCUGGCCGACGUGACGAGAGACGGAGCCCUGAGUCUGCAGGAGUUCUACAUAGCGAUGCACCUGGUGGUCCUGAGGAGGAACCACGUGCCCUUGCCGGACGUCUUGCCGCCGUCGUUGUCGCUGCCGUUGCCGACACAGAGGCCGUCCUUGGGCGCCGCCACGACAUCCUCGGGGUCCGGCUCGACGGCCAGCACGGCGACGUCGAUCUCCAACUCGGGGGCGACGACGAACGCGAGCGUUAUUGUGGCAACGACGACUUGCCCGACGACGAGCGUCGCUGCCGCCACGGCGACAACCGUCUCGUCGACGACGAGCGUCGUCCGGGCUGGAUCCCCGGGUCGAGAGAAGAGCAAGGAGUGGACCAAGUUCGUCGACUCGCCGACCGGAAACGGCGGCUCUCUCACCAGCCCUGGACCCAAACCGGUCAACUUCGACUUCCAGAAGUCGGCCCUCGAGAGGGACCCCUUGAUCCUCCAUCCGGUCCCCCUCAGGUUGACCCCGGAAGCGGCCAUUCUCGCCUCGGGGGCCACAGACCCCAUCGUCGGCACCGACGCGGUUGGCCUCAUGGACGAGGACGCCCAGUUGCAACUAGGAGUUGCGGCACCUCUGCAGAGGCCCCUGGCCAAGAAGCCCUCCGCCGAGGACGCCGUCUCCGUCACCCCUAAAAAGGAACCUCCACCUCCGCCGCCUCCCAGGCCGUACAGAACUCACACCAGGAGCUCCAGUCUCGAUCUGAACAAACUUGGAAAAAAUGGGCAGAACUUCCUGGGAGCUCCGCCGCUCGUGCCACCCAGGGUGUCUCCAGGAAUCACCUCCCCGAGGAAACUAGUUGGCCAGAGGAGCGAGGGCGGCGACGGUCAAAGGUCGGCGAACGACACUCCAGGAUUUGUCGCGGAUUUCUCCCAGUUCUCUCCUAAGGACGACCCGGUCGGCCUUCCAAGCUCGGAGGAAAAUAUCGUGCCGAUGCAGCAACAGUUCGCAGGAGCGUGCGGGGCUUUCCACAUCUAUCGGAAACCGGCCUCUAAGGCCGGGGAAGACGAUACCGGCAAGGAAGAGGCCGAAGAGGAGAGGCUGACUCUGCAAGAACUGAGGGAGAAGAACGCCGAGCUGCGACUGGUUUGCGAGGAGCUGACUCGAGAGCUUGCCACGGCUCUCCAGGAGAGGAUCAACCUCAGGGCGAAGCUCAUGCUGCUGACUUGAUCGUUGUUCCUUCGGAUCGUAAAUCUCGCUUACGUCCUCCCGCUACGCGGAACGUCCAACGGAAUUCCGCGUCUUAAAGCGACGCUUAACGGAGGCGACGGGCGCACCUCGAACCUUUGGGAACAAAGCUCUGGAGGUCGCUGAGAGGCGCCUCCGGGUCUUUCGGCCGCUUUUCUUUCCGAGACGCCUCGCGUACAAAAGGACAUCUUCGCGUUCAUCGGCCAGGAUCUUCUCCCUGCACCGAAUAUCUGGAAUCAAACAAGAAGCGUUCGUUAAGCGUUCGUUGGACGUAUCCUCGCGGUCUGGGUAUACUCACCUUAAAUCUCCUGUCUCCGAAUACUCCGGUCCCGAUUCUCGUCGGUAGGUUUUAGUCGCCGUCGUCGUCUUCGUCAUUGUUGCCCUUGCUGUUGUACACCUUCUAGAGAAGCUCGUUUCCUGCCGCGAUUUUCGGAGGGUUCACGCGUACGAACCUCGCAGCUAAGUCGACCAUGGAGGUAGCGAAUAAUCAAUGAGAGAGAAACUAGGGUCUAAUCAAAAUGGCCCUCGCGGUCUUCGAGAUGUCUUGUAUUUUACGGUGGAAUAUCGAUGUUAAUUAUUAGGUAGUUCGCGUUGCCAACUAUUUCUAACGCUCCUCUCUCCGGCUUUUCGUUAAACGAAUUUCAGUCUCCGUCAUUGAACGAAGAGCCUUGGUAAUCCGCGGAACACGGUGGAACUUAGAAAUGAUUCGCAGAGUACGUUGGAACAAGGGAAGGACGCUUUUGCUUCGGUCAAAGGGAUCCACGUCGUAGUGGAAUCGUUCCUGUGUGUUAAGAUAUUUCCAAUGUCCUCGCUUAAGAUGUUCUACACCUCGCGUGAUGUAUCGAGGGUACCAAGUAAUUUAUGAAAGUAACUUUUGCCGAAACGUUUCGCCGUAUUCCUAUAAGUAUCUGCGAACGAUUUCAGGAGAUGUCGAUGUUAAGUCUGCGUGCACGAGGCCGCGUCCUAGAAUUAAUAUAUAACCAUUGCGAACCGAUAGUUCUCCUUGGAAAGGAGGAACACCUGAGAAGAGGGAGCGAGAAAUAUGUAUAUUCCGAAAUGUGUGUCGCAGCCGAGAUGUCUACGAGACGUAAUUUAGACGGGUAAUAUUUCAAUUUAACUAACGUAUAACAGAGAUAUUACGCCGUGUAAGUCAUUGGAGUUGUAGACUGUAAUUUAAUGUCGAGAAGAGAGGUGAAGAGGAGCUGCGCUUGUCCUUGUGUACCAACUACUGGGUGACGAAUUCUCUGCCGAAGAGCAUAUACGUGUAUAGAUAUAUUUUGUGUGUUGGUACUGUUGUGCAGGAAUGCGUGGUGGUUUUUCGUUUUCAUAGCUUGUGCCCUUCUCACCGAUAGCAUCCCUAGGUGCUACCUGCAACGACGUUCUCGUGAAUAAAAUUUCAAAUUACAUUUCUAA